AACAACAUAUUCAAGAAAACAACUACUACUACAAUGAGGCUUCAUUCCUUUUCACUUUGUCUUGCAUACUUUGUAGCAUCUAUCUUUAUCUACUUUCCUCAUGCGACAAUAGCUGUACGCGGUGGUGGUCAUGGUCCUGUGCCGGUGAGUGAUGGACCUAUAGUGAAGAAAGAUAAGAGGUGGCCGUUAGUGUCGUCGGGGUUUGGUGAAAUCUCGGCCGUUAAGAUUAGGGAUGGCAAUGGGAGCUACUACCUUCAGUUUAUUACACUGAAUCCUCGUGCUCUUUUUCUUCCUGUUUAUCUUCACUCGGACAUGCUUUUCUAUGUCAACUCAGGCAAUGGAAGCUUGAGUUGGAUGAACGUGGAGAAAGAUAAGCUCCAACAAAUGGUGUUACAUAGGGGAGAUGUUUUUAGACUGAGUUCCGAAACUGUUUUCUACAUACAAAACAACGUCGUACAGUCUUAUGGUUACCAACCCAAGAAACUUGAGAUUUACGCCAUUUUUCCUGGUUCAGAGGUCGACCUACAAACUGAAGAACAACUCGCCGGAGUAUACACCGCCGUAAAUGAUCUAGUACUAGGGUUUGACGAUAUUGUCCUCCAGUCAACCUUCAGAGCACCGGAGGAAUUGAUCGAAGAGCUAAGAGCCGGACGAGAAAGGCAACCAUUGAUCGUGGAUGGACAACCGCAAGCGUGUACUUCGACCUGGGACAUCGGUUCGUGGGGUAUUAGAGCCACACUAGGAACCAUGAGCAAUGACAUCUUCAACGUAGAAAACAGUAUGAAGGCAUACAAUAUUUUUAAAGAGGAUCAUGAUGUCGAAACUUACUUUGGAUGGAGUGUAACCGUGACAAGUAAAGAAUCUGAUGCGUUGAAACACACCAAGUUUGGUGUGUUUAUGGUAAAUCUAACCAAGGGGUCGAUGAUGGGACCGCAUUGGAACCCAAACACGGCUGAAGUAGCAAUUGUGUUGCAAGGGGAAGGGAUGAUUCAAGUGGUUUGUCCUGGCAUUGCAAGCGAAACGGAGUGCAAGAACUCAAGGCUUAAAGUAGAAGAAGGUGAUGUGUUUGUGGUGCCAAGAUAUCAUCCAAUGGCCCAAAUAUCGUUUAAUAACAAUACCUUUGUUUUCAUGGGGUUCAAGUUGGCGGAAAAGGAUGAAAGGCCUCAAUUCCUAAGGGGAAAGUAUUCACUUCUCCAAAAGUUGGAUAGGAAUGUGUUGCAGAAGUCGUUUAAUGUCAAGAAGACGACGAUAGAGUGGAUUUUGUCGAAUAAAAAAGAGAAGAUUAUCUCUGAAUGCAUUUCAUGUGCGGAAGAAGAAGCCGCAAGGGAGGAAGGAGGUGGUGAUGGAGCGCUACCGCCAGAGGAAGGUGGAGGAGGUGGAGUAAUGCCGCCAGAGGAGGGGGGCGGAUCAGGUGGUGGCAUGCCGCCAAAGGAGAGCGGAAGAGGGUGGCUAGAGGAGGAAGGUGGUGGAGGAGGGUGGCUAAAUGGGUGGUGGUGACAUUCAAGUUUAUUAAGUCCAAUGAACGUGAACGUAGGUCACGUGGAUGCAUGUUGAUGAAUGAUAAACAGGAAGGUGUAAUUGUUUUGAUGAAUGUUCUAAGAUUGUUUUUAGUUUUUCUUAAUAAAAGACAUCCAUGAAAACCAAAUACUUGUCACCA